CACCCAGCUAAGGAAUCGGCUGCUGCGUGCUGUACGCCGGCGAAUGCGAAUUCUCGGCAGCCAACGUGCCCUUCACCAUGUACUCGCUGUCACACACACACACACACACUGCCUGAUGUGAUUGACUGAUACAUGGGUCAAUCAGUGUGCUGAUGCCCACCUGUGAGCCGUCUGGCUGCCGGCGUCGCCGAUCUGGGUGAGAGGGCCCUGGGUCUCUACCGGCAGGCUGCCGCCACACACACACACACACACGAGAGAGAGAGAGAGAGAAUGGGCCAUCCAUCCACGCGCAUUGGGGGGGAUUGGGGGCUACUGCAUGUGCUGUCAUCUCUCUCUCUCUCUCUCUCUGUGUGUGUGUGUGGCUGACAUGUAUACCUCUUUGGGAAGAGCCACUCGUUGAUGGCGAGAUACAGUGAGUAGACGCCGAACAGAAAGAUCAGCGGCACAUGCCCAAUCGACACCGAGUGGAGUGUCCUGACCACACCACACACACACAGAGUCACCACAGCACAACACGACAGACACCCCAAGAAACACACAGCGUCGCGUCCACGAGAUCUUCCCUGCCUCCCUCCCUCUCGCUGCCCCUCUCUCUGUCUAUCGUACUCGUGUUGUUGGUACGCGCCAAAGCCGGGGAACUCCACCGCCACGCUCACAGCCACCACUAUCAUCAACACAAACUGAACCAACCCAUGGACACGUCAUGGAUGGCGGAUUGCGGCCAUUUUCAGGGGAGAGCCUCACUCACCUGCACCAGGGCGUUGAGGAGGAAGGUGGCGACCUGCACAAAACACACACACACACACACAGGGAGAGAGCGUCAGCACCCAAACAGGCACUUACGCGGCAGUCGCAGUGCGUGUAGAUGCCCGCCAGCAGAGCCAUUGUCGUCAGCAACGCACCCUGCACCCAUCCAUCCAUCCCUCGUCAUCUUCCAUAUGCCUUUGACCACGAACCGACCGAGAAGUUGGCGAAUAUGAAGUUGAUGUAGACAAACACGCCCUGCGCCCCUAGCAGCCCCACAAACAGCUCACGCGUCCACCCCCUUUUCAUGCCCUUCCCUCCCCCUCCGCCAUUGCCGCCGCCCUCUCCCUGUUCAGUGGUGCCGGGCUGGGUCUGCUGUUUGGAGUACUGGCUCACGCCCACGAGCGCUUCGUCCGCUGGGUGGUGGAGCUUGCUGCUGUCCAUCAUCUAUGCCGAAAUCG